CCGCCCGUCAGCCCUCCCCUUAAGCUUUCCCAGGCCUGAAACUCUAGAUGCACCUCAAGGCAUCGAUGUGAAUGUACACAUCAUGUAUCCUUACGCUGAUCCCCGAAUCUAUCGACAGAUUCAAAUCCUCGAACAAAGUGACUGUCUUUCACCGAAAUCCCUCCUAUCUUAUUCCCCCAUGGACAGAUCGGGAGCGCCCACAUGCCUGGCCCACUAGUGGAAACUCUCCUUCGUCCUCGGCCCCUCAUUCCCCAGCGAGCUCUCCACGAUGGCCACAAAACAUCCAGCGCGGCCUCUGGCAGUUCCCUGGUGACAUCUUCAAUCAACAAUGGAGUUUCAGGACGUCGUUGCCGGUGGUAGCUUCGUUAGUUACGCGCUACGACACCCUCUGGAGGGCUUGUCGAGCUUUGGGCCGACCCUGAGCGAGGCAACGUUCGGAUUGUUAGGCUCGUCAUUCAAUCCAGAGCGCGAUAUUUCUGGAAUUGAGGGGAAGACAAUAUUCGUGACUGGCGGCAAUGCAGGCAUUGGCCGAGAGACGGUCCUCCAACUCGCAAAGCACCGCCCAGCACGGAUAUACCUCGCCGCGCGCACAGAAUCCAAAGCACAACAAGCCAUCACCUCCAUUCAGCAGCAGCUACCGUCCCCAGUUGACAUCCGACACAUACCACUGGACCUAUGCUCCUUCAAGUCGAUUCGCGCGGCAGCAGCCAAGUUCCAAGCUGAUAGCGACCGCCUAGAUAUCCUCAUUCUAAAUGCAGGUACAAUGGGCAAUCCGCCCGUCAAGACAGAAGAUGGCUUUGAGAUUCAAUUUGGUACCAACCAUGUCGGCCAUUUCUUACUUACCAAGCUGCUCUUGCCCACGUUGACGAAGACUGUCGCCGAUCUCCAGGCAUGCCGGACAACACCCGACGUGCGCGUCAUAACCGUGUCCUCCGUGGCACAUGUGACGAGCCCCAACACGCUGGAGGGAAUGACGUCCACGCCCGAGCUUUUGGCUGGCAGCACCUGGGUUCGAUACGGAGCGUCAAAGGCAGCUAAUAUUCUCUUUGCCUCGGAGCUUGCUCGACGACAUCCGGAGCUGCUUUCUGUCGCUGUGCACCCCGGUGCGGUGAACAGUGAUCUCUACGCGCAUGCGAAAUCGAUCAGUGCCAUCAUGAAACAGUCCCUCGGUCUGACUGCGUCUUGUUUCUUCCGCAAUAUUUCUAGCGGAGCAUUCAAUUCUCUCUGGGCUGCGGGCACUGCGAGAGAGAAUUUGGUAAAUGGGGCUUAUUAUACCCCCGUUGGGUAUCGCAGUAAGGGGACAGCGUUCGUUCAGGACGCUGAUGUUGCCCGGGGACUGUGGGAAUGGACUGAGGCUCAGACUGCCGAACGAGAGUGAUUGUGUUUUGGGAAAUUCACAAGCUAAUCUCUAUCACAUCUUAAUGUUUAUGCGAACAUAAGAGCAUUGUUGAAUAGCCAUGUACAAUUGACUUGAAGCAAAUAAUAAUGAACUAUAUUGUUUUUCACAGCUGAU